GGUGGUUACGAGAAGGCCGCAAAAGCAUUUAAACCGGAUGAACUAAAGAAUGUUGACAUGCAGGGCAAACGGGUCAUUAUUACCGGAGCCAACUCUGGUAUUGGACUUUGCUGCGCAAUGGAACUAGCCCGAAAGCACGCCGAAGUGCACAUGGUCUGCCGCAAUCUGGAUCGCGCCGAGGCAGCCCGCAAAAGCGUUAUCGAUGAGACUGCAAACCAAGUGAUGCAACACAUAAGUUGUUACUAUUAA